AUGACAAACUCCACCUCUACGACCAGAUCCUCCUCCUCAAAACCAACACUCCAACUUUUGAAUUUACAUUUAAGGCCUCCCUUAUCCUUUGAAAGCAGUACACUUCUCGAUAAUGCAGCUGCCUACCUGUGGAAAACAACCACUGUGAGAAGAGAUGAAGUGAAAAGUUAUGUCGAACAAGCUCUCAAAAUCCAUCCCGAUAUUCCAUUAAUUUUGUUGGGAGAUUUCAAUGAAAAGAGUAGUGUUGGAGUGUUUACUUCAAAUUCGACCUUUUCUAACUAUUUGAGAGAGAAUGACUAUGUCGAUGCCUUACAAGAUGCUACCACGUGGUAUUGGCCUCUGAAGGGUCCAUUCAGCUUGUGGGGUUCCUAUGAUCAUGUGUUUUAUCGCAAGCAAGAGUGGAAAGUGGAAGCUCAACAGGUGUUAGACAAGUAUAAGGAGCGUGCUUCCGAUCAUUUACCUUGUAUUGUUUCAUUAAGGAGAGCCCAUAAAGCAAAGCAAGAGGAUAGUAAAGAAGGGGAAGCUAAUUUCUCUCGUAUGACAGAAAGUGAUGUUGAAGCAUUGUUGCAAUAUGUUGAUGCAAAGAAGAAAGUCAGAAUGAAAGUUACUCCUGCCAUUAAAACGUUUGCAGAUGAACAUAAUUUCAAUCCAAAUCAAGCUAGAAGCCGAUUUUAUGAAAGGAUGAGGUUAAUCAAAUUAUUGAAAGAACAAUCGGAAUCAACAUCAUCAUCAACAACAUCAUCAACAACAGCAACAACAACCCACAACUCAAAGGAAAUGAAUGUUUUACCCGAUGUUGUGUCAAGAUUGAUCAAGGAAGAACAACAGAAGCAAGAACAAAAGAAAAGAAAACAACAGCAAGUUGAUGAUGAGAAUGAUGAUGUUGAGAAUGAUGAGAACGAGGAUGAAUACGACUUUGACAAGUUGUUGGUAUCAACUCCAGGCAAGGUUACCACUGUCGAAAAAAACAUCGAACAUUUAUUGUCUGCCAUCAGAUUUGAAAACGAAACAACCAGAAUAAUCAUUUACAGACUUUGUUCACACAUGGACUAUGCUAUCUCAAAAGGCACACCAAGAAACAGAAUAGUUUCAUUAACUUUCACUGUUGCGUCUCAGCCUAACAUCAACAAGAUGGUCAAGAAACUGAGUAACAUAAAAUGUCGGAAGUAG